CACCAGCUGAUAAGGACUGGGCUAUGCGGAAGCUCCUACAGGAAGUCCAGCUAAAAUGUUGGCCAAGCUAGCUAGCUAGCUAGCAACGCAGCUCUUCUCUUUUAUGCACUUCGGAGAGUAGGAAACAUAUUAAACUGGAUGACAACACAGUGAUAGAGGCCGUCUGCUUUGCCAUAUGAGAUAAAAACACAAAAAUGGAGGACUCCAGCAGCAGCAAGCCGGUCAUGGUGACAUCCUCUCUGAACUUCAAAGUCACCACCCCGUCCUUCUACAACCAGCCAAAGAAGUUUGCCUCUGUGGCACCACCACGGCCCAAAAGUCUGACACCUCCCUCAGCUCCAUCACCGACACCAAUAGGCACAGCUGUGAUUGGUCGAGUGGGAGAUCUGCCUCCACCGCCCCCUUCGCUCUGUGAUGACUUCCCGCCCCCUCCUCCUCCUCCACUGGAUGAUGAUUUGCCAGCCCCUCCUCCCGAAUGCCAAACCACACCCACUGCCACUGAGGCCCCCCCUCCCGCCUUCCCCGCUCCACCUCCAGUGGCAGAUGACCUGCCCCUCCCAGCUCCCCCUGAGGAGAGUGCCUGUCCUCCUGCGCCCUCCUGCCCGUCUCCCCCUCCUCCCCCACCCCCACCCCCUCCACCUGUCCCUGCUUCCGGUACCAGUUUUCCCAGUGCUGCUGGACACCCACAGAGACUGGUGGAGAAGCAGACUAGCUUCGAUAAACAGCUCGACUCUCUAACUGACCUGCUGUCUGAGAUGGAGUCCAAGGGACCUUUCAACCCCAAGUUACCAAGCCAGUUUUCUUCCGCACCAGCACCCAAGCCUUCGGCUCCUCCUCCGACUGCUCCAAAACCAGCACUCUCCUUCCUCCCGCCUCCUGAGAUGGGAGACCGCCCGCCUCCAGCACCCUGGGCGGAAGAACUCAAAGCCAGAACGAACCGACAAGCCAAUCACAACUCUGCACCAAACCCUGCUGCUCAGCCGUUUGCUAAAGCUCCGGCUGUCGCCCCCAAGUCUGCCUUCGGAGGGAGAACGGCGACAUCAUCAACCUCUCUGGCACAAAAACUGAACCAGAACCUGAACCAGAACACCAACCCAAUCGCUGUUGCGCCAAAACCUUCCCCUCCCUCCGCCACCAGCUCUUUCCCUCCACCUCCUGCAGCUCCGCCUGCUCCUCCUACUCCACCAAACAAUAUGGCGGCUGCCCCGGCCGCUAAUCACAUAAAGAGUUCUCCCUUUAGCAGUCAGGUGAAUGCAAACAUAAACCCUCCUGCUGCUGUGCCGCCGCCUCAACCCAAGAUGAUGACACCAUCCCCUUCCUCUUUUAACCAACCAAUGAAAUCACCCCCCUCCUCUUUUAACCAACCAAUGAAAUCUCCUCCUUCAUCAACGCCCUCCCCCCCUGGCCCAGUUCUUAUCCCAGGUGGAGGUGUUCCUCUUAACAUGAAGGAAGUGGAAGAGUUGGAGAGAAUGACCAAGGACUUCAUUAAAGACAUGGACACACACGCACCGGUCAUCGUCUCCCCUCCUACAGAGGUCUGUGGGAAGUGUGGGGAGGCUCUGUCUCGCACGCAGCCAGCAGUGAGGGCCAUGGAUAAACUCUUCCACUCCAACUGCUUCUGUUGCAUGAGCUGCCAUCGCCCCCUGCAGGGCAUGCAGUUCUAUGACAGGGAUGGUGCACCGGAGUGCGAGGACUGCUAUAUGAGUUCCCUGGCAGUGUGUUCCCGAUGUGGGGAGAAGAUCACAGACCGUGUGUUGAAGGCGGUGGGCCAGUGUUUCCACUCCCACUGUUUCCGCUGCAGCACCUGUUCCUGCACACUCGAGGGGGCGCCCUUCAUCACUGAUGACAACAACAACCCCUACUGCGUCCAGGAUUACCACAGGCGUUUCUCCCCUGUGUGUGUGAGCUGUAAUGAACCUAUUAUUCCAGCCCCCGGCAGCGAGGAAACAGUCAGAGUGGUGGCUCUCGACAAGAACUUCCACCUUAAGUGUUACCGUUGUGAGGACUGCGCUCGCCCUCUCUCCAUAGAAGCGGAUGAAAAUGGCUGCUAUCCACUGGAUGGCAAGAUCCUGUGUAUGAAGUGCCACACUCAGCGAGCCAAACAAGCUGCGCAGUGAUUAGCUGGUGCAGCAUGACUCAGAUUUAACUAUGAACCAAAAUCCAAAAGCACAGGAUUCAUUCAGCUGCCGUUUUGCCUUUGCACCAGGGCUUCAUUCAGUAUAUGUGCGCAGGUGUGAGUGUGAAUGUGCUGUGUGAAAAGGUAUGUUUGCAUGCAAAUACAGUGUAGUAUUCCCCUGUCUUUGUUCACUUCAGUGCAGAAGUAAUGUACUGCACUGAAAUAAACUCCCCUCAUCUUUCCUUCCUAAUCUCAAGCUCUCUAAUCUCUCAUCCAGCCCUUGUGUACUUUUUUGUGCCAAUUCCAUGUUUACGCUAAAAUUUCCAGCAUAACUUGCACAAGAACAGUUUGGUCAAAAGAGCAGUCUGAUGAAUAUAAAGUUGCCUUUCUUUGUCUGUUGCCUCAGUAUUAUUAGUAGCACCAUUUACUGAGAUAUUUCCUUCGAAAGACUUUCACUGGUUGGUCUCUUUCCCUAUGAGCAUUGUGUCUAUAUCGCUGUUACUGAGACAGAUUGUUACCACGGGGUGAGGAGUGCCUCUCAUUUAACCACUCUGCAGAAUUCACCACUCUGAUUGGCUGCUGGUAGAGAAAAUCUUUCACACUUUGGCAGUUGUUGUGCCUGCAAGCAUGGUUAAUUAUGCUUUCCUGCCUAGAAAGUGCUUUAUAACAGCCAAUCUACUCUGACAGCAUUUUAAAAUUGUCUAGGGCUAAACGUUGACUGCAAAAAAGAUAAAAACAGUGAAUGUUGCUUUUUUGUGAUGUGAAUUUGAUCAUUUAAAGGCAUGCUUUGAAUAAUGUCUUGUUGUUUUCUCUUCUUUGAUCACACAGACUGUAUAAGAACAAGUUUAGAACAAAAUAAAUCAGCAAUUUUCUUCUCAAAAAUAGUUUAGUGCUGAUUUAACUGUGUAUUUUUUAAAUGCAUGCUCUUUGAAUGCACAAAAUAUGAACAAACAACAGCACAGAUUCCAUUCCAGGGAUCUCAUGAUUAAAAAAAACAAAAAACACAUGGUUAUAAAUGUCAGCUGCGUGGCUGAAACAGGACCUAUCAUGUGAUUGUUGCACAGUUCCAUAGUGAAAUAAAGUAGCCUUUAAGUGUCACUUUGACUCUAAAGCCCCCGCACAUCAAUUUUGUAUUAAAAGACACCAUCUUUUUGAUAUGCAUCUCUUGCUUUAAAUAAUAUAAUUUAUGGACCAUUUUUUAAAUUAAGUAUAAAGGAUAUAUGUGUACCAGUACUAAAAAAGCCUGUGCUUACAGCAGGAUAGUAGAUCAGUAGAGGCAUUAGCUUAGAGUUUUGAGUAACGGAUGUUAAAACAUAGUGACCAAAUGUUUUGAAGCUGUUGGCAAGAUUAGGGUUAAUAAAACGUGUACAUGAGAUUCAAUGUUUUGACUUUCAUGCAAGUUUUUUUCUCACCUUAGGUGCGUUUGAGCCCAGUUUUUUGGUCUUGAUCUCUUCUAUUGUUUCAGUUAAUACCACUAGUCUUUCCAUUAUUCAUCUUUUGUACUUGUGUCUGUUCAUGUCGGUUAUAUACUAUUUUAUCUUACUGUACUGUAUUUCAUUGAUAAAUGCUUACAAUUAUUUGGUUUCACUUUGAACCUGGAGAUGUGCCUUCUCCACUGUUGUAUCCCGUUGUUCCUUUUGAAUUGAGCCUGGUUUGCAGCUACAGAAACUCAUUCCACAAUAAGAAAACAGUUGUUACUUGUGCUUGCAUUGAGCCUGGUGUAAAGUAAAACACCAGAACGACUAACAUGACAAUAGUUACUCAGCGUUGCAUGCUAUCUAUGUAGGUGGUGGCAUUUCUUCUAGUAUUAUGUCUUUUGUUUGCACCAACUACUCCACCUUUGUGGCCCUGCCUUUGUCAUCACUAUGUGAUAUUAAACGUAUGAUGAUGCCUUCACGGUUGCAUUUAUCUGGCGUUUUGUUGUGUUAUGUCCUAUUGUAUUACAUGCUGAUGCCUUGUCUUUUCAUAUAACUUUUUUUUUUAUAAGUUCCUGUUUGAUAUGUGUGAAUGUGUAUAUGUUUAAAAACAUUAUUUAGCCCUACCCCUCCCUCUUUGGCUGUAUCAAAAGAUAAACAAACAAACAAACAAAUAAAAUGCGAAAUACCAAA